UACCCAUUCCUGAAAUUCUAAUUAGUUUGCUUCUGUUACGGUAAAGUGCCGUAUUCACACUAUAAUCCAUCCCAGUACUAGAAAAAUUCUGUAGGAGCUUCUCGCCUCGCGCUGCGAUUCUUUUUGUCACCAAAAACCCACUUUUUCUAAAUUCUAAUGUUAUCCUUUCAAUCAGUUAAUGCGGCGUAGAACAAUUUCAGAUGCCUUGAUCGUUUCUUACUGUUGUUAAUGGGAACAAAUUCUGACUCCAAUGCCAACGGCUUAAAUUUCACUUGGUGUCCGAACUUUAGCUUUCCCUCGCAGCUCAAGGUACGUAAAAUUUCUUUCGCCUUUCUCUUCUCCAGAUUGCUUGGUGCUGAUUAGUCUGUAGAGAUUGUAAAGAGUAAGAUCGAGGAAGGAUGAUGCGCGAAGGAGAAAGGGGAAAUAGAGGGAAGGAGUCGGAAGAUGAAGAGUCGGAGGAGUCGAGAAAACCACUGUGGAAGAGGGUUUUGUCGCUGAUGAGAAAUGAGCAGCUGUCGAGCUGGAGUGGAGUUGCGAGAGAUAUUGUUAGUGGAAGCAGAGGGGCUUCUCCUCCUCAUGGAUUCAUCAUUCAUCCUGAUGACUGGUGGUACGUGCUGUGGACGCAUUUCAUACUGGUAUGGGCAAUCUACUCCUCCUUCUUCACUCCUUUGGAAUUCGGCUUCUUCAGAGGUCUUCCAGAGAACCUUUUCCUCUUGGACAUCGCCGGCCAGAUCGCCUUUCUCUUCGAUAUCGUCGUCCGCUUCUUUCUCGCCUAUCGAGACACUCACUCCUAUCGCUUGGUCUACGAUCGCAGGCUCAUCGCCCUUAGGUACUUAAAAUCUCGUUUUAUUGUUGAUUUUCUUGGAUGUUUGCCCUGGGAUGCUAUUUAUAAGGUCUGUGGGAGACGAGAGCCUAUUAGAUACAUGCUAUGGAUUAGGCUAAGUCGGGCUCUGAGAGUGACAGAGUUUUUUGAGAAGUUGGAGAAAGACAUACGGAUAAAUUACCUUUUCACGAGGAUUGUGAAGCUUCUUGUUGUUGAAUAUUAUUGCACCCAUGCAGCUGGUUGCAUCUUUUACUAUCUGGCUACAACAGUGCCUCCCUCCAAGGAAGGCUACACAUGGAUAGGAAGUUUACAGAUGGGUGAAUACCAUUUUUCAAAUUUCAGAGAGAUUGAUAUUUGGAAGCGUUAUAUAAUAUCUCUUUAUUUUGCCGUUGUUACUAUGGUAACUGUUGGUUAUGGAGACAUACAUGCUGUCAAUGUCAGAGAAAUGAUAUUUGUCAUGAUUUAUGUUUCUUUGGACAUGAUUCUUGGUGCUUAUCUGCUUGGUAACAUGGCAGCAUUGAUAGUAAAAGGAUCAAAGACUGAAAGGUUUCGGGAUAAAAUGACUGACCUUAUCAAAUACAUGAAUAGAAAUAAUCUUGAAAAGCAAAUAAGUAAGGAGAUUAAAGGCCACCUGAAGUUACAGUAUGAUCGCAGUUAUACCGAGGCAACUGUUCUUCAAGAUAUUCCAGCUUCUAUUCGCACCAAGAUCUCUCAGAAAUUAUAUGAGCCAUUCAUCAAAGAAGUUUCUCUUUUCAAGGGAUGCUCAACGGGAUUCAUUAAGCUGAUUGCAAACAAAGUCCAUGAGGAGUUUUUCCUUCCAGGGGAAGUGAUUAUUGAACAGGGAAAUGUGGUCGACCAACUCUAUAUUGUUUGUCAUGGAAAACUGGUGGAAGUAGGAAGAGGAAAAAAUGAUGAAACAGGGGAGUUCGUUACGGAUCUCCAGACCUUUAGCUCCUUUGGUGAAGUUUCUUUCCUUUGCAACACUCCUCAGCCUUACACAAUUCGAGUUCGUGAAUUAUGUAGGGUGCUACGACUUGAUAAACAAUCCUUUAUGGAGAUCGUCGAGAUAAACUUUUCUGAUGGACGUAUUAUCUUGAACAACCUUCUUGAGGGAAAAGAUUCCAACAUGCAGAAUGAAAUAUUAGAGUCGGAUGUUACCCUUUUUAUUGGAAAGCUUGAAUCUGAGCUAGCUGCGAGGUUGAAUUGUGCUGCCUACAAUGGAGAUUUAUAUCGAUUGAAACGUCUGAUUGGAGCUGGAGCGGAUCCAAAUAAGACAGACUAUGAUGGAAGAUCACCUUUGCAUAUUGCUGCCUCCAAAGGAUAUGAAGAUAUUACUUGUUUUCUUAUUGAACAGAAUGUGGACGUUAAUAUUUCGGAUAAGUUUGGGAAUACUCCCUUGCUUGAAGCCAUCAAGCAUGGGCAUGACCAAGUUGCUUCUUUACUUGUUAAUGCGGGAGCAUUACUUGCAAUGGAUGAUGCUGGUGGUUUUCUUUGUAUGACUGUUGCAAGAAGGGAUUUGGAUUUGCUAAAACGUCUUUUGGCUGGUGGUGUAGAUCCAAAUGCCAAAAGUUAUGAUUACCGAACGCCACUUCAUGUUGCUGCCUCAGAAGGGCUAUAUUUAGCAGCCAAAAUGCUUCUUGAAGCAGGAGCUAGCGUUUUCUCAAAAGACAGAUGGGGAAAUACUCCACUUGAAGAAGCCCAUAUAGCUGGAAAUAGGAAUUUGAUUGGGUUGCUUGAAGCUGCAAGAGCUUCUCAGAUGACUGAGUUCUCUGAUUGUCUUCGACAAAUUCAAGGCGAGAUGCGGAAGAAGAAAUGCACGGUUUUCCCGUGUCACCCGUGGCAUCAAGAGGAGAGAAGAGAGGGAGUUGUCUUAUGGGUGCCGGAAAGCAUGGAAGAACUAAUCAAGGCGGCCAAGGAGCAGUUAGAAUGCUCUCAUGGUUGCUGUAUUUUGUCUGAGGGUGGUGGUAAAAUUCUUGACACCAAUAUGAUUAGUAAUGAUCAAAAGCUAUUUUUGGUUGAUUAGCGAUGGGAAAAUUUACAAUAUAAUUCUUGAAUAACUUGUUAUGAAAUUUCUCUGAUACUUAUAUACGAGUGCUAAUGACAAAUUCAGUUUCCUCCCA